GAAGUGGGUGGGUGGAGAGUUCCAUUUGCCUGGAGCGAGCGAGCGAGGCAGGCAGGCAGGCAGCAGGGUUUGUAAAACGGAGGCCAUGGGGGUGAUGAGCGUGGACGAGAACCCGAGGGGAGUCCGCGUGGCGAGAAGCGGCGGCAGCAGGCUCGUCUUCAGGAGGCCCGUCUUCACGAACGACGGAAAGUAUUUGCUGUGCGCAUCAGGAGACCUCAUCAAGGUGUUCAACACCGCGACGGGCGAGACCUUGCACGAGCUCACGGGACAUGGACACCUCGUCACGGGAAUCCAACUCAACCCCAACAACUACCUUCAGGCUUAUUCCAGCUCUGAAGAUGGCACAAUUAAGCUCUGGGAUUACAUGGAUGGCAUCCUGAUUAAGACGUUCUUGGUGCAUCGUCCCCUGCUCGCGCUCUACACCUGUGUCACCACCCCCAGCCACCUCUACGUCUUCAGCACCAAAGAGACCAACAGCUCCGGCACAGCUGUACCAGGGAGGUUCCAGUUGUUGGCGCUCACCGUUCCCAAGUCGCCGAAGGUGGAGGUAGAGGUGACGGAGUCCGAUGAGGUCGUGGAGACGUCGGGGUGCUCGGAAAAAUCCGUCUCGUUCAGCUGCCACGGGGAGUACUUGGCGUUUGUACAAAACGACAUGCUCGGGGUGUUCCACCUCAAGAAGAAGAAGUGGAAUUGGCUGACGCUGAAGUCGAAUGUGAAGAAGAAGACGGACAACACGUUCGUCGUGGUGGCGUGCCACCCCACGGAGAACUGCAUCGCGACGGGCCACGUCGACGGCAGGAUUCGCCUGUGGAGAAAUUUUUGGCACAAGAAGGAGUACACGUUCUCCACGUAUCACUGGCACUCCGAGGGGGUGUCUGACCUUGCCUAUUCUGCCGAAGGCACGUGCCUGCUCACGGGCGGCCCCGAGGCCGUGCUGGUGCAGUGGCGUCACUGCGCCGAGGAGCAGAAGGACUUCCUGCCGCGCCUGGGGGCGCCCAUCUCGAGCGUGAGCACGUCCCCGUGCGGCGCGCUGCUCGCCACGGGGCACGUCGACAACAAAAUAACGAUCGUCAAGAGCAACCUGUUUGUGGUCCGCGUCAUUCAAGGCCUCGUGAGAGGAGGCUCCGCGAGCACGGGGCUCAUCGUGGACCCGCGCAGCAAGGCUCUGGCGCUCAACGGGAAGCCCGGCUACCUGCAGUUCUACUCGCUCGGCACCGACGAGCUCCUCUACGACCUGGACAUCGUGCAACAGGAGCACAUCUUCCAGCGGGGCCUGGUGCAGACGGAGCUGCACAAGGCCGCGUUCGACGAGCUGGGCGAUUGGCUCGCCACCGUGGAGCAGCGGGCCGGAGGCCUCGACGCGGAGCCCGAGAUCCAGCUCAAGUUCUGGGCCUUCGACGUUCAGCAGCAGAGUUUCGUUCUGAACACGACGGUGGCGGCCCCGCACGACCUCGACAUCACCGCCGUCUGCUUCCGCCGGCAACCGCCGGGACGGGAGACGGAGUCUACCCUCGUCACCUGCUCGCUCGACGGACGCUUCAAAGUGUGGACGCUCGCGCGGGACCCAGAGGCCGCAGGUAACAGGGCCCGCGCCUGGCCCCAGGCGCCUGUUUGCUUGUGUCUUGCCCUGACGAGGGAGGGGCUUAAGGGGGAAGGGGGGGAGGAGGAGGGGGAGGGAGGGGGAGUGACCUGGAGCUGCGACUUCGUGGGCUCCUUCCGGAAGCUUCCGGCCACCACGUGCUGCUUCUCGGAGGACGGCUCCGUGCUGGCCGUCGCCUUCGGCUCCGUGGUCACGCUGUGGGAGCCCGAGUGCUGGGAGAUGCGGGCGACCUUCUGCCAGCCGCCAGGGGGCAUCCGGCAACUUUGCUUCGGCAACAAGAACUCCUGCAAGUACUUGGUGGGGGCGACCGACACCGGCUUCCUGCACGUGUGGAACCUGCUCAGCUGUUGGUUGGAGUGGAGUGUGCAGCUGUCUGUGGCCGUCCUCGUCGCCAAUCCUCUGUCGGAUCACGUGGCGGUCUUCACCACGCCCUCGCCCACCACAGACCUGUUCGUGUUCCGGCCCAGCGAGGCUCGGCCAGUGCUGGCGCAGCGUGGCGUGUGCCCCCAGCUCAUCUCCUCCGCCGUGUUCGUGCCGCGGGAGCGAGCGGCCGCCGUUUCGGCCGACUCGACACGAUGGCUCGCCCGCUCGCAGCUCUACUUCCUCAACACCAACCACGAACUUCUGACGGUCACGGCAGAUGACCUGGACGUUAACAUCACUCCGACCACCAAGCAGUUGGUGCUGGCGGAGAACAUCCCAGCCACUCCGUUCUCCAUGCUGCUGCAACACCACCGGCGGCAGCAGCAGGGAGAGGAUGGUGCUGCCACCACAAACGACGCGGAACUCGGUGCGUUCAGGGACGCCGUUGUGGAGAGGGACAACAAGGCUGCCGCUGCUCUCUCAGGCUCGCUCACCGUCCGGGAGAUGUUGAGUACCCCAGCGCAUGUGCUGCCGCCUGCCUCCGUCCUUUGCAACCUCUUUGUCACCUCCCUGCUGAUCUCCAAGAAAGAGAAAAGCGAGCUUCUGGAUGAGGAGAAGAUGGAAACCGAUGGAGUUAAUAAAGAGGCUGACUCUGAUGUAGAGAAUGAUGAACCCGCGUCGCGCCCUCCACAAAAUGACGAACUUCGUUGCGAAGAGACGGAGGGACUUGCGCCAACGUUGAGUCGGUCCGAGGCGAAACGGCUCAAACGCCUCGGUAGAACGGACUUCGGCUGGAUGGCAGAGUUCACCCCGUGAAUCCACGCGCACCACCGAGAAUCGAUAAUCUUGCGUUCCUUCGCCAAUUGCCGAACUGUUGAAAGCACGCAACAUUGCGAGCGACUUAGGCUAAAUGUGGCCUUGCGCAACUUUGUUUUCGAUGUAAUUUUUUUUUCCGUGCCAAUAAUUGCGCUCCAGUGUUGCUACACCUGUCGCCGGCUCCACAACAACACGGGGUCUUGCGUCCUAUCGCACGGCACAUUUGUAAGACCGCAUCCUGUCUCACCCCGACCUGAAUUAUUUGAACGUGCGUUUGUGGAGAUGGGAGGAUCGGCCCUCGUAUGGCAACCGGAACUGGCACAAACGUGUCGCUGCUGCGGGUAGCUCUUGACCUUUGUGGUGAAAACACCUACACUACUUUAUCACAUUUGACUUGGGUCAUAGGCCAAUGUUUGAUAAGGUCAGAUAUAGGUGUAUCUAUAGAAAAUUACGGAUCACACACGAUAGGUUAUUGGAUAAAAAUAAAGCACAAACUGCUUAAGAAAAUACUCGACUUUGCUUUCCAAAUAAGCGACUGUAUGCGAGAAUAAGAAUGAAUGACUGUGUGAAGAGGUUGGAUUUGUGAAGAUCUGAGGAUGAUAACAGUCGCACCAUCCACAAUGAUGGCAUUGGGUUUAUGGACUGUUCAUUGCUCAGUGUGGGUGAGCGAUGGUCAGAUAUGCGACGUACUAUAUGGAUAUUUUGGUUAACGUAAGACUUCCCGCUUUCCCAUUUAAAGUGUUUAAAUAAGAUCUGUUUAUUUAAUUUGAUAUUACUGGGAAAUGCAGUCGGAUGGAUUGAAAUGCAUAUGUCCUUCAAACUGUAUGCUGCUGAUGUCUCGGAUGAAAAUUAGUGUUUUAUAUUUUUAUUAAAUAUAUUUAAGACAAUGCUUGCAUUUUGAGUCCAAAUUUGCCACACCUGACACAAAUCUCCAAUUACCAACGGUUGCAAUCAAGAAUACGCUGCACAUUUUGUGCAUCAAACGUUGAACCUAUGCACCGUUUAGUGUCUCAAAGAUUCCAUUUUGAAAAAAGUACAUUUCUCAACUUUUAAAUCAAUCGUGUAUAUUUUUUCAGUUUGUAUAAAUUAAAUGAAGGUGCAAUUCGCUCACGGCUUGCUGUUAAAAUUAAAAGGGGCAUCCACUACAGGGGACUCGAGAGGCCCUCUAGAGUCGAGGACCGACGUCUUUCGUCCGUUACACCUGACCGGGACAAUCCAGUAACAGUGGCGUGUUACCCUUUUCCCAAGUCGCCCCACAAGCCUUGGUUCCAUCAUUCGUUAAUGCUGAAAGUGUCCAGUAUGGGUUGAUGCCGCUUUUCCUGAAAGCUUGUGGUUUUAAGUAGCGUCUGUGAAUUGUCAAUUGAUAAAAUAAAAUACGUUGGGGUAAAAAUGAAAUUGGUGUCCGAAUCCUCUUCCAUACUGCAACUCUUUACUAAAGGUUUUUUUGAAGCCUCGUCGUGUUUGCCGACUUGAAACUGUUCUCAGCAGGACGAUUCGGGAAAGUAUGGCAAGCGAAACCAUCGAUUUUCUUUUUAAAAGCACACCCUCACAGGCAGUCUGGAAGCGGGGGGGGGAUUUUAAUAAAAUUGUUCAUUUGAACUGCCGUUUUGGGCGAUUAUGCCUUAGACCGGCAAUCUCUGGAUAAAAAGUGGUAGCGAGUUUGAUGCACCACGACAGCAUACGGCCCACAUCUUAAUGUAAAUACAUUACACAGCACUUGGUAUUGCAGUUCUCACUUGGGUGUUUUUAUGUAAAUACACGCCCUGUUGUAAGUAAGCCCUGCGAGUGAAGGAAGCGAGUUAAAAAAUGUAUAUAAUUACAGCCUGUUUGCCAAUCCAAAAGUCCUUAUGUGGUCGUACAGUAAUGCGGAGGGGCGGCGUAGGGAAUGGGUGGUUAGUCAUGCUUUUUACGGACUUAAAAUUGGAAUUGUUUGCGAAAUGUAAUACUGCGUAGAAUCGCUUCGAGUGCAGCGUGGUAUUGAUCGGUCAAUAUGUACAAACUGGUCUCGAGUACCGUGUAUGUUUUUUUUUUAAUUUGGUUGUCCAACUUGGUGCGAAAUGUUUUGCAGUUUUUGCCAAUACCUGUACUGACUGUUUAAUGUCAAUGAGAGUUCAAGUGGUUUUAAUGUAUUUUUUUAUAUAUUCGACAUACAUUUCCGUAAAGUGUAAUAAAAUUAAAUAAUUUGCA